CUCCCCAAUCCAUAGUCAAAUUAUACAUUUGUAUAUGUACUUAAGAUUUGUGUAGUUUAUUCAACACCAACAAAACUAAACUAUGCAAAUGAUUAACAAACUAGUCUUAGGGAUAGGGAUAGUCACGGGUACAUGAUUUCAAACUCUACACCUUUAAAAUCAAUAGUCUCUGCAAAUUUUGCAAUUAAUUACAUUAAUAGUCUCUUUUCUAUUUAAGCCACUUGUUGCUUUAACACGGAGAGCUGUAGCAACACACUCUAAAAGCAACAAAGGAUCCAACUAACAAACAACAAAUCAGUGUUUUUGUUUCUAUCAACAGUCUCUCUGAAAAUCUCACAAAGUUUUCAUCUUUUAAUAAGAAAUCAAGUUUACGGACAGAGAUGAGUUAUUUGGGAGUCGGAGUUAGUCCCGGAAACGUCUCCGGAAGUACUACCAAAAUGAAGCUGAUUGAUCGGAAAGUGAGAGUCACGGAGUUGAUUCUGAGGUGUUUGGUUUGUGUCCUUGCUCUCGUCGCUGCGAUUCUCAUUGCUACAGAUGUUCAAGUGAGAGAGAUUUUCAUGAUUCAGAAGAAAGCCAAAUUCACCGACAUGAAGGCGCUUGUGCUUUUGGUGGUCGUCAAUGGCAUAGCCGCGGGUUAUUCUUUGGUUCAGGCGGUUCGUUGCGUGGUGGGUUUGAUGAAAGGAAGAGUUUUGUUUAGUAAGCCUCUGGCUUGGGCCAUUUUCUUCGGCGAUCAGGCAGUAGCAUACUUGUGUGUGGCGGGGGUUGCAGCCGCGGCGCAGUCUGCGGCCUUUGCAAAGUUGGGUGAGCCAGAGCUUCAAUGGAUGAAAAUUUGUAAUAUGUAUGGGAAGUUUUGUAACCAAGUGGGUGAAGGAAUUGCGAGCGCUUUGUUUGCUUGCAUUGGAAUGGUUUUGAUCUCUUGCAUUUCGGCUUUCGGUGUCUUUCGUUUGUACGGCGGAAGCAAAUCUAGGCCAAGCUCACGGUGGUGAAGGCCUGUAGUGGUCUUGGACCAACCUUGUUUGUGGAACCUCUAUUAAAUGUUGUGGUGUGUGUCCUCUUAUCUCUCAGUGUGUAUACCGCUAUUACUUACUGUCAUGAUCUCAGCUGAUCUAUAAACAUAAUCAUGACAAUUAUGGUUGUUUGAUGUGAAUAAUUAUUACAUGUAGUUUUUUAAAACCACAAACAAUGACAUGUUUAGUCUAUCUUUGGUUUGAAUUGCUUUUAAUAACCAAAAAAC